CCAACAUAAACCAAACCAUAUUUGAAUUUGAAUUCCAUCCCCUCAAAUCCCAAACCAAAAUCUAAAACCUCAUUUCAAAACCCUUCUUCCUUCGCACCUCCCCUUUCUCCCUCUUCAGAGCCCUCUACCGGAGAUCCGAAAUGACGGCGGCGCCACCGCCAGUAACUGGGCGGGAGCUCUCAAAUCCACCCACCGACGGAAUUACCAAUCUCAGAUUCUCAAAUCUCAGUGAUCAUCUCCUUGUUUCUUCGUGGGACAAGACUGUUCGUCUGUAUGAUGCGAGUGCCAAUGUACUACGAGGAGAGUUCAAACAUGGUGGUCCUGUUCUUGAUUGCUGCUUCCAUGACGAUUCCUCAGGAUUUAGUGCCAGUGCUGAUUCUACUGUCAGGAGGCUAGUUUUCAACUCUGGAAAAGAGGAUGUUUUGGGAAAGCAUGAUGCACAUGUACGUUGUGUGGAGUACUCUUACACAACAGGGCAAGUAAUAUCUGGUAGUUGGGAUAAAACAAUAAAGUGUUGGGAUCCUAGAGGUGCAAGUGGGCAGGAGCGUACUCUUGUCGGAACAUAUGCUCAACCAGAACGUGUUUAUUCUAUGUCUCUUGUUGGUCAUAGAGUAGUAGUAGCAACAGCAGGCAGGCAUGUGAAUGUCUAUGAUUUGCGAAAUAUGUCUCAACCCGAGCAGAGAAGGGAAUCUUCAUUGAAAUAUCAGACUAGAUGUGUGCGUUGUUACCCCAAUGGAACUGGUUAUGCUUUGAGUUCAGUGGAAGGUCGUGUAGCUAUGGAAUUUUUUGAUCUUUCUGAAGCUGGUCAAGCAAAGAAAUAUGCUUUUAAAUGUCAUCGGAAGUCAGAAGCAGGAAGGGAUAUUGUUUACCCUGUAAAUGCAAUUGCCUUCCAUCCAAUCUACGGAACGUUUGCAACUGGAGGUUGUGAUGGCAUUGUGAAUGUGUGGGAUGGAAACAACAAGAAAAGACUUUAUCAGUAUGUGAAAUAUCCUACAAGCAUCUCAGCUUUGUCCUUUAGUAGAGACGGUCGGCUCUUGGCUGUUGCAUCAAGUUAUACUUUUGAGGAGGGAGAUAAACCUCAUGAACCUGAUGCUAUUUAUGUGCGGAGUGUGAAUGAAGUUGAAGUUAGACCAAAGCCCAAAGUCUACGCAAAUCCUCCAGCCUGAAUGAGUUGAGCAGGCUUUGCUUGACAUUGUUUAGUUUUCCAUCAAUUUUUAGGUAUAUUGUUUACACUGCUUUGCUUCUUGGUGCCCCAAGAAGCGUAUAUGAACAAGAUGUAAAAAGAGAUUGUAGAUGCUUCCGCUAGUUGCUUGAUGUUAUUUUUAGAACAUUGUGUGCCUUGCUUGUUACACUUGCAACUUUCAUAUUCAUCUCGUCAAGUUAUUCUCUUCA